AUGGCUCUGAAGUGCACUCCAGACAUUGGGAAUUACCCUGCUUACAAGAAUAAUAGUAGUCUCCUUGGCAUGCUGACUUGCUGUCAGCUGCCCCAAGUUCACAUCUGCCUGUGUCUGCCUCAGUUCAACCUAGUGUGUGAUCAGAGGCACCUGAAGGAGACCUCACAGUCGGUGUACAUGGCCGGGCUCCUCGCUGGGUCUCUCAUCUUUGGGCCUCUCUGUGACUGGAUCGGCCGCAAGGCCACUAUCCUGGUGCAGCUACUCCUCCUCGCCCUCAUCGGCCUGACCACGGCCUUUGUGCCCAGCUUCGCGCUCUACAUGGUCCUGCGUUUUGCUGUGGCUACUGCUGUCGCUGGGUACGCCUUCAGUAAUGUGACCCUGCGUGAGUAUCUGGGUCCUGAAGCCUUGAGCCAUGACGUGAGGCCUUGGGGUCUGAGUGGGCCACGCGCCCAGACUGCCUGUGGGAGCCUUGUCAGGCACCCAUACCACAAGUGGUCACACACAAGGGGGACUGAGGCCCACAUGGACAGAGGGGCAUCCAGGGAGUGCCAGGGAGGGAGAGGGCAGGGGCUGGCCCACCCUCAACCUCUCUGCACAGUUACAGAGUGGGUGGGGCCCUCGAGGCGGACUCAGGCCGUGGUCCUGGCCCAGUGCGCCUUCUCCAUGGGGCAAAUGGCGCUAGCAGGACUCGCCUAUGGCAUCCGGAACUGGAGGCUUUUCCAAAUAGCUGGCACGGCACCGGUCUUGCUGCUCUUCUUCUACUUCUGGGCUCUGCCAGAGUCAGCUCGGUGGCUUCUGACCCGGGGGAGGGUAGAGGAGGCUAAACAAGUGAUCCAGAAGGCAGCCUCGGUCAACAAGCGGAGAGUCUCCCCAGAGCUCCUGAGCCAGCUCGUCCCAGAGAAGACAGGCCCCUCAGGGAAUGCCCUGGAUCUGUUCAGGCACCCCCAGCUCCAGAAGAUGACCCUGAUCCUCUUCUGUGUCUGGUUUGUGGACAGCCUGGGCUACUUUGGCCUGAGCCUCCAAGUCGGUGGCUUUGGCCUGGACAUCUACCUGACGCAGCUAGUCUUCGGAGCAGUUGAGGUGCCUGCCCGCUACUCCAGCAUCUUCAUGAUGCAGUGGUUGGGCCGCAAGUGGAGCCAGAUGUUGACUCUGGUUCUGGGUGGCCUCAUGUGUAUUGCCAUCAUCUUUGUCCCAGCAGAUCUGCCAGUGGUGGUCACUGUGCUGGCUGUGGUGGGCAAGUUUGCCACGGCCGCCAGCUUCACCAUCUCGUACGUGUACACUGCCGAGCUCUUCCCCACCGUCAUCCGGCAGACGGGCAUGGGGCUGAUGGGCAUCUUCUCGAGGACUGGGGGUAUCCUCACCCCUCUUGUGAUCCUGCUGGGCGAGUACCAGGCAGCCCUCCCCAUGAUCGUCUACGGCAGCCUCCCUGUUGGGGCAGGCUUACUCUGUGCCCUGCUGCCGGAGACGCGUGGCCAGCCCCUGAAGGACACCAUCAAGGACCUGGAGCAGGGGCCCCACCCUCGGCCUCCAGAGUCAGCACCUUCAGGAAAGGAGACAGAGGCCUCAGGAAGAACUUCCAGCCCAGGGGUGACUUUUGUGAGCAGUACGUACCUCUGAUUGUGUCUCUUGAGCCCGAGCGGCAGCAGGGAGCUGCCUGAACACCCCCUGGAAAAGGCUGGGCCUGCCCGCGAGCCCCGCCUCGCAGAUGGGGGCAGCACACCCUGGCCUGGCCCCCAUGCCGGCCGCUGGCUGCCUCGUCCUGAAGCACCCCGGUGGGCCUCCCUCUUCUCAUUGCUUCUCAUCAGCUUUCUCACUCCAGCACCCUCCCAGACCCCGAGCUGGGGUAGGUUCUUAGGUGUAUCUUGGGCUUCACUUGUUCUCUGUCAGUCUUGUGGGAGUAUGGCUCCUCUGGUCCCCUCAAUCUGGGAUCCCCCAGCCCUCGAAACAGUUAAGCUCAGAACAGAGCAGAUGCUUAUGGCCUUUCCAAGGAUGUGGCAGUAGGAGGAGAGAAGGUUUGAAGCUGUGACCUCUCUCCAGGCCAGUGGGAGAAAAGGCUGUGGAUGAGAAGGUUGUAUUUCCUUCUAGUGGCUGAGCCAGGCCCCGCUAGCUCAGGUGGGGCUGAUGAGAAAAUAAAAGGCAAGCGGAGGGCAAAAACCAAACUGACCCUCUUACAUCUCCCCUCCCCCCAAGAUGUGAGGGGGAUACAUGUGACAUUUCUCAGGCACUCCUGACUGCCCAAGAACGAAGGAAGGAAAAAGCAAAUGGUCACCUGAUAAAGAUCACAGUUUUUACAAGAAAAGCACAAUCUUGAGAGUAGUCAGACCUCCAGAAACCUAUAGACUCAAUUUCCUGGAGCCCUAACAUCACCUCCCACCUCCAUAGGAUAAAAAAAACCCUAUAUAAUCAGUCACUCCUCACACGUAGAAUGCAUCCUUUUCUGCCCAAGGGGUCCUGUCACGGUGCUUUAAUAAAAAUCACCUUUUUGGGGCGCCUGGGUGGCUCAG